CCACCAAAUUUCUACUUUCUUUACAAGAACGACUACGAUAAUCGCAGCCAUGAGGAUCGCCCAAUUGCAGCGGCCUUUAGUGGCUGCUGCUUCGAGUUUGACGAGACCGGCGUGUACUACGACGAUACGACAGUUGAGAGAGGCAUUGGGGCAAUUGAGUGUGGGGGCGAAUAGUGUGGCGGUUGAGGGUCGGAGACAUGCUACUGUUAAGGCUCAGGGAGCGUAUAGAAUAAGGGAUACGAGUACUAUUCCGAAGAAAUUGGGUGCUAAGAAGAGUGGUGACACCUACGUAAUUCCUGGCAAUAUCAUCUACAAACAACGUGGCUCAAAAUGGCACCCCGGCGAGAACUGCGGCAUGGGUCGAGACCACACCAUCUUCGCCCUCGCCACAGGCUACGUCAAAUACUACCGCGACCCCGCAAAACACCCGAAACGUCAAUACAUCGGCGUGGUCUUCAACAAAGAAGACACACUCCCCUACCCGCAACACGCCAUGCGCAAGCGCCGCCUCAACAUGACCGCCUCACCCAUCCUUCCCCCAGCCCCCGAACCCGAGCUUUCCUCCUCCGGCAUCCCGAACCAAAUCGUGCGACAGGGAUACGGCCGUAAACCGCACCCCCGCGACGAACGUAUUAUUCGAUUACGUCAAGAUGGCUCUUACGCCUACGCGGAAGAGAGUUGGAGGUUGGGAACUUUGGUUAGGACGGCGAAAAGGAAGACGGGAAGUCGGAGAACGGCUAUGAAACAUAGACGUAGAAAGGCGAAGGCGAUUUUGUUGGAGAUGCGUGCGGAGAGGGAGGAUAAGAUUGCUAGGAGGAAGGAAAGUUUGGAUGCUGCUAGGGCGGCGAGGGCUCGGCGUAUGAGGGAUUAUAGGAAGAGGAAGGCGGCUGAGGAGGCUAAUUUGAAAGCUUCCGGGCCUGGGGGCGAGAUGCCGCCGCCUAAGCCUAGUCCGCCGAGGGCUGAGACGUAGGUGAAUUCGAAGAAGAGGAAACGCGGGGCUGGGAAGGGGGGAUGGAAGUGAAGGGUUGAUUGAGAUGAUGUGUGCUGGUUGGCAGUGCAAUCGAAUUCAGCAUCGAUUUCCCUAAACUGACCACCCGACCUACCUUCACCCCUGCCAAUCCGACCCUGGUGUAUUAUAAGAAGGUACAUAUACAGCAUCUGGCAUUAUUGCAUGAUGGUUUAGAUGAGAGUACUAUUGCCGGAAGUUCAUAUAAGAAUCUAGAACAUUAUUUACUGGCCAUAUACCUGAUUUUAGGUCUAUAUUUACGACUUUGUGUGUGAUAUGGGCUUGUUUGAAAAGAAGCGGCAGUGAUCAUGCUGGGAAUAG